GUGAAAGCCGACACGUCGUUGUCAGGCGUCGAUGUGUCCAUGUCUUGGGGCUCCUGUCCUACUUGUGUUGGGUGGGUGUCUUGCAGCAGCAGGCAGUGUUGUUGUCGCCCUGUUGGUAAGCCCAACAUGCAGGGUUGGCUUUGUUGGUAUUGUAGUUGCCUCUGAUUCUCCAGUUGUUGCUGCCAGUAAGCUUGCAGUUCUUGCUGUUGUUGAUGGAGAACUUGCUCAUGCUGGUUGCAGAGUUGCUGCUGCCAUUGCAACUGGAGGUGGCGCUGUAGCAGCAGUUGUUUUUGCUGUUGUUGUCGAUGAUGUUGCUCUAACUGCGCUUGUAGCAGAAGUUGAAGUUGCUCUUGGAUACUCGCCUGAUGCAUUUCGUGUUGGUGUUGCUGUUGUUGAGCCUGGCAGUGUACUUGCUGCAGCAUCUGCACUUGCAUUUGGUUGUGGUGUUCAUGUUGUUGUUGUUGUUGCUGCAAGUAUUGGCUGCACUGCGCUUCUUGCGUCUGCGUCUGCAGCUGUAGUAGGAGGUUCUGUUGUUGCUGUUGUUGGUGUUGGUGCAUCAUUUUUUGUUGAUUGUCAUGUUCCUGUUGCACCUGUGUCUGCUUCAUCUCUUCCUGUUAGGAGAGCAGUUGUUUGCGAUGUUGUUCUUGUUGAGCUUGCUGUUGUUGCGACUCCUGAUGCAAUUGCAUCUCUGCUUGCUCCUGAUGGUGUCGGAGGAGCUGGAGCCUUUUUUGCUCCUGCUGUAACUGCAGUUGUUGCAGGUCUUGUUGAGUGCGUUGCUGUGCAUGCUCUUCUUGUUGACGCAGCAGCGACCUGCGUUGUUCUUCAUGCAAGGCUUGCUUUAGGCUGAGCUCUUUUUGUAUUUGGGGCUGGGCCAGUGGAUGUCCCACCAGGGCACCCCCUUCGUGUCCCUUCCUUUCACCUUCCUCGGUUUGCUGCGGGGCCAGUCCCGUUUGUUCCUUGGAACUCCCCCUUUCGUCAGAGCUCGUCUGUUGGGGCGAUCCGCAACAAAGUUGCUGUUCCCCU